UAGUGUAGAAUGUACAGGGCAGUAGUUUUUCUUCCUUUUAAGUUGCUUUGCCGGAGAAACAUGAACGGUCGCUAAUUGGCAGCUGCGGACGACUGGCCACUCUGCCCUAUUUUACCCGGCGGACUCAACAGAAAACCACUCUGGGGUACUAUAUUAGCUCUGAGUCUCUGGAAUAAGGUGGGCAAGUGCCGAAGUCGCGCAAAGAAGACAAGAAAGGAUGAGGGAGAGAGGCCCUGGCAGAAGAGGAAAAUAGAGAGCAAAGAAGAGGAAGGAAGAAAAAAGCAAGGCAAAGCAAAAGAGGAACGCCAAAGAGAAUCUCUGGGAUAAAUAAAUAGAAAGACUUGUUUGAAAAAAAGGCAGGCUAAAUGAAAAGAUGAAGCCGAUAAAAAAACAGGGACGGCGCUCUCCUCCCUCAACCCGGGCGAAAGGGGGAAAGCGUCGAGGAGUGGGAGAUGCCUCUGAAGGAGGAGAGAAGAGAGACUCAGAUGAGAACAGAGAUAGAAGUAGAUCUCCUCAAAACAGAGCAACCUCCUCGUCUUAUUCUUCUAAUUCAAACUCAGAUUCCUCACUGGUGGACCCAAUCAGAGCACGCAGCACUUCAGAGGGGGAGCAUCACAGAGACGACAGACUGUCAGAGUCGACGGUAUCACUUGUGAUGGAUUCUGGGAAACUGUUGACAUCCUCAGAUGAUAGAUCAGGGAGGUCAGGUGUGAGUGGUAGCAGCCACAGCGACAGUGGUGGUAGCAGUUGCAGUAACAGUAGUACACCAAGCGCCAACAACAGCCCAAACCCUGCCUCCAGCCGUAAAACAGCCACAUUUAAGGCUCGAGUACCCAAGAAGAAGUAUACCUCUGAACACUGCUCAUCUGCUACGGGGAACCAUAGCAACCCUUCCUCCAGUUCACCCCCUCCUCUUCCUCUAAGUGGUGGGGUCAUCAACCACGGAUCAACAGGUUCAACAGGAAGUGACAUCUGUGUCUCGCACGCUGAUGGUAACAGUCAGAGUAGGAGCCUGAUGGAUGACUUCCACAGCAGGACCACUGGCAGGGAUGGGCACCAGGAAAGCUCUCCAGGACCUCCUCCUCUGUCACUAGGAGGGGAGAGGGAAAGGUCUGGAAGAGGUGAAGUAGUUAGAGAUGCAGAGCGGGUGUCACCCAGCCCCCUUCCCCGCUGCUCCUCUACAGACACUGCCAGCGAGCACUCAGCUGACCUAGAAGUAGUCGGCGACUCCCAUACCAUCACACAUGCAGCCCCAAGUCUCUCUGAUGCGUUGUCAGAUGCCCUUGCCAAAGGGCUUAAGAAUCAGCGUGUGCUUGCACGCCAGAUAAGGAAAAGAAGUGACGAGGAGGGAGGAGGUGAAAGAAGGAAUGAAGGUGGGAGUUCAGACUUGGUGUUCCGGGCUGGAGUAGUCCGAAAGGUCAGUGGUGAAUAUGGAAGCCUGGAGGUGCAACUGAAUGGAGAGAAGACACUGUGCCGUUAUCCAUAUCGACAUGACAGUCCCCCAGGGGUGGUAGACAUAAUCCUAGAUGCCUCUCCACCUGGUGUUCAUCCCAUACCUAUUGGUACACGUGUCUGUGUGCCAUUUGGCAAUGAGGAGGGUAGUGAAGGCCAGUGGCAGUGGUACAGAGAAGGUGUAGUAACCCAGGUGGACACACACCCUGCAGUGGCCAACCGCUAUCGUGUCCUUCUUUCAGAGGAAAGAUCCAUAUCUGUGGAUGAAGAAGAGAUUGGCAGAGGAACAGCUGGUGCUACACAGGCAGUUUGGGUGUCCAGACAAACACUAAGGCUUCUGGUGCCACCGUGGGACCUGGAUCUGCCAUCAGGGGCAGGCCGAGAUGGAGAAGAAGGGGUCAGGGACAAAGAAAGGGAGCGGGAAGACAGGGAGGAGAUAGACGUAGAGAGGGAGGUGUGCCGCUUAAGCCAAGGAAUGACACCUAGCAUGGGGUCUGUACUGGGGAGAGGAAUGCCCUACCCUGGCAUGGUCCCUGUUUCUUCAUCAGGCCACAACAUUACCUCCCCUGUAACCCCAGCAUCAGUUCUUAGCCUUGUUCCAGGGCGAGAGUGGGAGGGGGAGAGGGACCUCCAAAGAAAACAGGAUAGAGAGAGGGAAAGAGAGCGGGAAAGGGAGAACAGUGGAAAGCAGCAACAGCAGCACCAACAUCAGCAACACCACCCAUACAUGCCGCCCUCACUCACCCCUGAAGAGGACAUGGAGGUGUCCCACUUUAAUAUGGUCCCAAUGGGGGCAAUCAUUUCUGGGGCCAAACCAAUGGCAGUUCCCCAACACCGCCACAUUGUCUCUAAGCCCCCACCUGGCUACCUCAAUCCCCACCUGUCUGUGGUGCGGGGCAUCGGGAUACCCCCUUCACACCUGGCCUUGAACCCCCACCCCCCUCCUUCGCCUGUCCUGCUAGGCCUUGACCCAGCAACAGCAGCAGCUGCAACAGCUGGUGCUGUAAUCACCACUCCCCAACUCCCUCCUCUCCCUCCGAUUUCCUCCUCCACCCCAUCCUCCUCCAGAGUAGAAAAGACCUCAGGAGGAGGUUCUUCCAGUGGAGGAGCAGGUGGUGGUAGUGGAUCAGGUUCGACCUCCUCAUCACGUUCCCGCACCCCGCUGACUGCUGCCCAGCAAAAGUACAAGAAGGGAGAUGUGGUGUGCACGCCAACAGGCAUCCGUAAGAAAUUUAAUGGGAAGCAGUGGAGGAGGCUGUGUUCCAGAGAGGGUUGCUCUAAAGAGUCCCAGCGCCGAGGAUACUGCUCCAGACACCUCUCAAUGAGGACCAAGGAGAUGGAAGCCAGUGGAGGAAACCGAGACCGUGGAGGAGCCAGCAGCACAGGGACUCUGACGCCGUCUGACCUCCGAUUAAGUGGUGGAAGAGCCAGCUCAGAGUUUGACUGGGAUGAAACAUCUCGGGAAAGUAGUGAGGCUAGCAGCCGUGGAGGGGAUUCCCGUCCUCGCUUGGUCCUUCCCUCUCUUCUUCCCCAGGACCUCUCUCGUUUUGACUUUGAUGAGUGUGAGGCAGCAACCAUGCUAGUCUCCCUGGGUGGUUCCCGCUCAGGCACUCCAUCAUUCUCCCCUAUCUCCAACCAGUCACCCUUUUCUCCAACCCCAUCACCCUCACCCUCUCCACUCUUUGGCUUUCGCCCUGCCAACUUCAGUCCCAUUACUGCUCCUCCUUCUCUUACCCCACGGCGUCAUCGCCAGCUCAGUGGCACUAAGUUGGGCACACCAGGGGCUGAGCGAGAGCGCCACCUCUCUGGGAUUGUGCCCACUUUUCCCACCAACCUGACCUUCACAGUUCCCAUGAGCCCCAGCAAAAGGAAACUUGACUCCCACCCUCCUCCUCCGCUGCCUGCAGUCCAGGACUACCCGACCAAACCUGAGCAGCAGCAACUGAUCGGCAUAGGGGGAGGCAUGGUGGGAGAUACAACCAUGGGCCACAACCCUGCAGCUUUCAGAGUCCUUUCUCCUCAGAGUCAGCCCACAACUCCUUCUUCACUUUCCUUCCCACGGCCUCGAAGUGCCACAAGCAGGCCACCAUCCUCUGCUGCCUCAACACCCCCACCUAUGCUAGUGUCUCCCACUCCUCCCUCCCCACUGCCCCAGGAACCUUCCCCACGUCGUAUUGUACCCCUCCGUGAUUCCCCAGUCAUUGUCCGCAACCCAGAUGUACCCCUGGCCAAAUUCUCUGAUGGUCCAUUGGGAAGGAGAGAAAGAAGCAGAUCCAGAGAGCACAGCCAACCCCAACAUGCAGCUCCUCCAGGCCUGCAGGUCCCUGUUCCAAUCAAUGGGGCCACUACCAAUGGAGCUGUUCUCCUGCGCAACCCCACAUCCACGCUUGUUCUGGUCACUUCCAGCUCGUCCCUGACUCCAGCUGCAGUAGGCAACGCUGCCCUGUCAAGCCCCUCCAGCAUUGGGUCGAUGCCCACUUCAUCAGGCUCAGUUCUGUCGUCCUCUGGCUCAGGGGGCAGAGAGAGGGAGAGGAAACCUGAGGGUCACCAGGAUGCCUCUGGAGGAGCUCUACCACAGCCAGUAGCUUGUCACCCCACCCCAACUGCCCUUCUGCCGCUCAUACUGCCAGCUGAGUCGCCUCACCCUGCUCCUCGCAAGCAAAUCAUUAUGGGUCGCCCAGGGACUGUUUGGACCAACGUGGAGCCUCGGUCGGUGCCAGUGUUCCCUUGGCAUUCACUAGUCCCUUUCCUGGAGCCCAGCCAAUCAGGAGCGGCUGCCCAGCCUGCUGAUGGCCAACAGCUUGUCAAUCAGAGCAAAGAGCCUCGUUGCGGUGUAGCCCUGGUGAGCGACGGGCGGUCCGGCCCUCCAGACCUUGAGAGGGGAUCGCCGUCAUGCCCUCCCCCGACCAAUGACAAUCCUCCUUCAGACAGGGGCGGGGCUGACAGCGAAACAGAGAGUGAUACUGAUGACCCGUUUUCCCCAGGUGUGACCAACGAUCCAGCUCCCUCCUCUGGCCCCAUCAAGAGACGCACUCAGUCCCUCAGUGCCCUGCCGAAGGAUGGAGACAGAAAGAGGGAGAAAGAUCACAUCCGUCGUCCCAUGAAUGCAUUCAUGAUCUUCAGUAAACGCCAUCGGGCCCUGGUGCACCAGCGACAUCCCAACCAGGACAACCGAACGGUCAGCAAGAUCCUGGGGGAGUGGUGGUACGCUCUGGGGCCCAAUGAGAAGCAGCAGUACCACGAUCUAGCCUUCCAGGUGAAAGAGGCCCACUUCAGAGCCCAUCCUGAUUGGAAGUGGUGCAACAAAGACCGCAGGAAGUCGCUGUCAGAGGGCCGGGGGACACCGAAGGAGCAACGGGAGAGGAGCAUGUCAGAGAGCAUAGAUCCCCAUUCAGAGUCCCAGGUGCUGGAAGGGAAGGGAGGGGGCUCGGGCUGGCCAGGGGGAUCAGAGCGUCGAGGGGGGCUGUUUGUGGGGCAGCACCCCCGUCCCCGAGCCUUUUCCCAGAGUGCCGUGCACACCCUGGAGCAGAGGGAGAGGGAGAGAGACCUUGAGAAGGAUGACGGGACAAGUUUAUUUCGCCACCGGGCCCUGCCUCAGUCCUUGUACCAGGGCGGGGCCAGUGAGGACGUGACCAGUGAUGAGGAGCGUAUGGUCAUCUGUGAAGAGGAGGGGGACGAUGAUGUCAUGGAGGAUUCCUGUCCCGAAGGCUCCAUUGACCUCAAGUGUAAAGAGAGAGUGACGGACAGUGACGAGGAUGAACCAGAUGGACAGCAUGGCUUCCAGCCAAUGGCUCGCUCCUCGCUCCCUUCUUCCUCUCCCUCCAUCCCUCACUCUGACUCCACCUCAUCUAAAGGGAACAGCAGCGGGGGAGGAGGAGGUGGUGGUGAAGAGGGAUCUGAGAGGAAGAGAAAGAGAGGUACAGAUGGAGGAGAAGAUGGGAGCGAGGAAGGAUCCAAAAGAGAGGAAACAGCAGCAGGUGGAGGCGAUGGAGGUGGAGGAGGUGGGCUGGGUGUCUCCUCUCUGUCCAUCACAGGGUCAUCAUCUAACACUCAGGCUCCCCUCACUUUGACUCAGUCAGGUUUGACCCAGGUCCUCAGCACCGUCCGCAUGGCCCCCACUAUGGUGACCAACGUGGUACGACCCAUCGCCAGCACGCCUAUCCCCAUCGCCAGCAAGGCGGUGGAAGGAACCGUUCCUCUCGGCUGUCUGCCCCAGGACAAGAAAACUACUCUCUUGAUUGGAGGAGGUGGACCACAGCAGCUGCCAGUCACCGCAGGGGGUGGGUACCUGUCCUCAUCCUCCUCUCCUGGUCCAGUCAGUGUAACUCCUUUGGGGAGCAGCGGCCUGGUCACUAGCCUAGUUCUGGGUGGGUCCUUUCCUGCUGCCCAACCUGUGCAGCUUGUCACCCCGCAGCCCCCACAGCCGCACACACAAACCCCGCUUCCUGUUCUCCACCCCACUGCUGCCACCUCUUCUCACACUACUCCCGCCAGCCUCAAGCCGCUAGCUCAGGUCCAGUACAUCCUGCCAACAGAGAGCCCCUCAUCCCCGCAACUCACCCACCAGCAAAUUCUCUCCCUUCCCACCAAUACUGCCCUGGCCAAUGGCGUGCACUCGGGGGCGGGAAUCAGAGUUGCGUCAGUCAGCCCCGGGACCAGAGUCCAAACCCAGUCGCCCGUCUUGCAGAGCAAGAUGUUGGUUCCCAUGGCAACAGUCAGAACAGGGUCUACUCCUCCUCAUCCCUCCAUCUCCCUGGUCGCUCCGCCUCUUCCUGUGCAGAACGGCCCGGCGACAGGAAACAAGAUUAUCCAGAUCGCUCCUAUGCCUGUAGUCCAGACCAGCGUUCAUCCUAACGGUGCAGCAGCAGUGCAUUCUGGGAGCCCCUUUCCUGUUUCUGUGGCAACAGUGAUGGCUCCCGGUGCCGCGCCUCCACAGACCGUUCUCCUGACCUCUCCACCCACCAGGAUUACGUAUGUCCAGUCUGGCGCAGGAGUUACUGCUGCAUCACCCCAGCAGGGCACACCUGCCCAGGGCCCUGCGUAUCUCCCAUCAUCUCUGGCAGCUCUUGGCUUCGCUGCGGUUUCCCCAAGUGGGCAGACCCUGGUUCAGCCAAUCGUUGGUCAACCACCACUGUUAGCUCCAGCCCCACCCCUGAGCUGUCAGUCACAGACUUCUCCUGGUCAGGCCUCGGGAAGCACUGUGCGUCAGGUACUUACUGCCAUCUACCCUGCACCGACCAUUGCACUGCCUACUGGUGUGGUUUCCGUUACGACAAUGCCGCCUGCAGUGGGCGCUCCCGCCCAGGACCUGAUGAAACCCUCCUCACCAUUGGCAACAGGAGUCCAGGGUUCUCCAGUGGCAACUCCUCAGCCUAACAUUGCCAUGGAAGUAGAGCCAAAGGUGGAGGUAAAGAAGGAAAUCCAGCCAGAUGGUCAGAUUGAGGAUGGAGGAAAGGGGUUGUCAAGCUGUUCUGCCAAUUCCUCAUUGUUCACCUGUAUGAGUAAUGCAACAGCAGUGAAAAAAGAGGAGGACAUCGGUCUGCAAAUCAAAGAGGAAAAUCUGAGAGAUGGGCACAGCAGAGAGACACUGGGCGAGACAGACAAAGAGCGAGAGAGAGGGUUGAAGGAGUGCAGUGAAAAGAUGGGUGAUGCAGAGACAGACAGAGAGGACAGCAGCAAAGAGUCUGGACCUCGUUCCACUCCUCCGACGACCUCAGGUUUGGAUCCCCCUCCUCCGCCUCCUGUGGAAAGAGAGCCCCCCUCUUCCUCAAAGAAGACCAAGUUCAGACCCCCACCCCUCAAAAAGACACCUGACUCUCUCGACAAGGUCUUGUCGGAGACAAACUUCGAGGAGCGUUUUGCUGAGCUUCCAGAGUUUAACCCUGAGGAGGUCCUUCCUUCGCCCACUCUGCAGAGUUUGGCCACCUCACCUAGAGCCAUUCUGGGAAGCUACCGCAGGAAGAGACGUAACUCCACUGAGCUGGAGCCAUCUGCAGAGGACCCCAGCUCCCCGAGGAGGAAGACUCGCCGUCUCUCCAGCUGCAGCUCAGAGCCCAACACCCCCAAGAGUGCCGCCAAGUGUGAGGGAGACAUCUUCACCUUCGACAGAGCAGAAGGAGAGGAUAUUCUGGGUGAUGUAGACCGGGUCCCAUAUUCUUCUCUGCGCAGAACUCUGGACCAGCGCCGGGCCCUGGUCAUGCAGCUGUUUCAGGAACACGGCUUCUUUCCUUCAGCUCAGGCCACUGCUGCAUUCCAGGCACGCUACUCGGACACCUUCCCCAAUAAGGUCUGUCUGCAACUGAAGAUCCGAGAGGUUCGUCAGAAGAUCAUGCAGACAGCCACGCCUGGAACUCUCGAACCCGGGGGCUCAGCUGAAACAAGCCCUGCCCGGUCCCACAGCUCCUCCUUCAAUCAAUCAUCCCGGGAGGACGGUGGGCCGGAGCAGCAUGGAGACAAAGGCCGGAGCCCUGAGGAGCCGAAAAGCGAAGGAUCAUAAGCUGGAGAGGAUGGAAAUUGCAGGAAAUCAAAGAAAGGAAGAAGAAAGAGAGAGAGAGGAGUGUGUCGUCUUCACAGAAUGUUCUCGUAUGUGUUGCACCAGUACUCCAGUGGGAUCCGAUUAACUGGCACUAAAUCUCCACCAGACCUGGGCAAAAAAAAGUUUUGAAUAUGGUCACAGAUAUUCAAACUACUCAAGGUGUGCUUGAUUUGUCCAAUCAGACAUUCAAAAAAAAUGAAGAGCCUCAAAAGUGGAUAAAUAACAUGCAAGUCCUGAUGAGUCAAGUGCUCCUUGUAGUUUCUUUUUUCCAGUGAUGAAGAAUAUUUUCAGUGAACACUUUGCCCAGGUCUGCUCUCAGCACAUUUGUACAGUAGUUUGUAGUUUAAGACUCACAAACUCUGUGGUACACACACUCUAUCUCUGGCACACACACAAACACUGGUGCGUAUGUAAUCUCCAGCAUGCACAUUAUCCCACACACGCACACACCCUUACCAAAUCAGACUGUUACUCUUGGUUGGCAGUCCUUAGGGGCCACCACCAAGGACCAUGACACACAAAGGCACUUUGUCACUUAUUGUGCAGAUGCAGUUUGCUGUUGCCAGCCAGCCAGCCAGCCAGCCAGCCCUCAGAUGCCAUUGACUUGACCUCCUUCUCGCCCUUCCACUCCUCAGCACAGUGGUCGGGACACAAACACAACCCCAAUGACCUCCACUUAUAUUCCACAGCCCCUCGAUGCUGCAAGACAGACAGCACACACACUUAAAUAUACUGUACAUUACAUGCAUACACUCAAACAUGGACACAUCUGUGCUGUGUGAGCACUUGUACACAAACAUAGUAAACCCUGGUCUGACCAAGCCAUUGGCCUGCACAGUUUUUAGUGAUUGUAGUGAGAAGAGAAGCUGAAAGCAUGAAAUCUAUUCGCUCCUGGAAAGUGAAAAGAGAACAGGAGUUGGGAUGUAGUGUGACCAAUAUUUGCACCUUCAGUUAUUGCCAUUAUGAAAGACUGAGUCCUCAUUGGCGGGAGCUGAUUAUAUAUGUCUGUAUGUCUGUUGGGGGGCCCUCCCCAAAACCUGUGUGAACAGGCUCCAUAAAGAGAUUAUGUAAAGAGAGACUAAUGGUUGUGAGGCUUUGAAGAUUCAAUGUUGAUUUCAACACUGACUGGCUCCCAACAGAGCAGAAGAGGGAAAACGCAGAAGAAGAAACUGGAAGACGUUCAUUGGAUGAAAGAUUUAUAUUCCACCUAUAAGAAGACAGAUAAUAAUAGCGAAUAAGGACAACAACAGCAACAGAGCGGAAAAAAAGUAGAAUUUUAACCAAACUUCUCUGAAUCUCCCAGUGGAUAUAAUGUUGCUUUCUCUCGUUAUUGUUGCCGUGGAAAUAACCAGUUUUACCGUGGCCUGUUUUUCUCUCGUGGCUCUAUUGUGUUUCUUCUCCAGCAUAAAAAAAUCACAACACAAAAAAAAGAAAAAAAAAACUUUGGACAAAGAAGGGGACAAAAUCAGUUGGUGGCAGCCCCUACUUUUAAUCAAACCUGGGGCAGUUUUCCACCCACCCUCCCCCCCUUCCCUCUGCUACGAUUUCUCAACAGACACAGAAGUGGGGGAGCAGGGGUGUUUGUCGUUUUGUUAAAAACGCAGAAAUCAGGUGUUUGCACAAUUUGUGCGGCCCCCUCGUCUGGGACUGCCGCAAGUUAAAUCAGGAAAGUAUUGUUUUUAGAGAUUGUUUUAGUAGAAAAAAUAAUAAUCUUGUUCCGUAUGUUAUCAACCUCCCUUUUCCUUACCUUGUCCUCUUCCUCUCCUCUCAACCCAUUUCUCCUCAGUCCUGUCCAUCCUCCCUUCCUUACCUCUAUCGAGUCUUUAAGACCUCCUCAAGUGUUGUUAGAAAGUGCCCUUAAGCACUGGUCCCGGGUCAAGCGCUAUGUAGCUCAGGAUGGCUCUGGUUAGGGUUAGUUCAGGGAAAGCAGAUCCUAGACCAGCCCUGGAGGGCAGUCUCUGGAGCCCUCCCCUCUUCCCUUUCUUCUCGACACUUUAUCCUUUCCCGUCAAAUGGUGCAAUAGGACAUUUUAUUUUUUUGGAAGUGGGUGGGUUAUUUUGUUUCCGGGGAAAGGCUCUGUGCCAUAGAUAUUAAACCCAGUGCAGUAAGUAAGAGGAAUGAAAUGUUGUGAUACUAUCUUUAACUAUGGUAUAAAAUAAAAAAAAGAAUCACACAAUUAUUGUUCUUGUUGAAGAGAUAGAGGGUUUAACUUACUAAAAGUCAAAGACAACUUUUGAAUAGCACUUUUUUGGCUCUUUGCUUCCCUGGUGAAGAGUGGGGGUAGUUAUUAUUAUGGGUAUCUCUUUUGUUUCUCUGUAUACAGUUGGAUGUGUGCAAAAAUAUAUAUACUGGUAUUUCCAUAUUUGUGCAUUUAGGUCUGUGUUUGGGUGUGUGUGAAUGUUUUAGCACAUGCAGGUAGUGUGUGUACACAACCAACCUCUUGUUUUUCUCCACACAGCAACAUAAUCAAUAGUCUAUUUUUCAUUGUAUUCUACAUUCUAUAUUCUACUCUAGAGACAGUAUUUUUAUAGUCACCAUGACUAUUUUGUCCGCCAUCUUGACUGUUAUUGAACCAAAUUCAGGAUAUAUACAAGCUAUAUAUUCAGGAUAUAUAUUCUAUAAAUAUAUAUAAAGACACACAGGUAAUAGAAGACUAUCAAUUUACAUCUCUGGGGUUAGGGCUGUUAAGUGUCCAUCUGCAUGCAUGUGCAAUCACAUGCACACGUGCACACACACCCCCACAGACAUAUGUGCAUACACACAUGUAUGCGUGUACACUGUAUGAUUGUGCUUAAAAAUAAACUGUCCUUACUUUGGAGAAGGAAUUUUAGGAUGAGCGAUGUGAGUGUUAUCUCAUAAGCAGGCAUGUUGACCAUGUGCAAUAUUUCUAAACAACAAAAAACUAAAUAUUGAAAAUAUUAAAGAUCUA